UUUUGUACCUCUACUAUCUUAACUGAUAAGAGAGAAAUGCUAGCGGGAAACCAUUCCAUGGUGACUGAGUUUAUCCUUGCUGGAUUAACAAGCACACCAGAACUGCAGCUACCUCUCUUCUUCCUCUUCUUCAUAAUCUAUGUCGUAACAAUGGUGGGGAACCUGGGCAUGAUUACUCUGAUCCUGCUCAGCUCUCACCUGCACACCCCCAUGUACUUUUUCCUCAGCAGUCUGUCCUUCAUUGACCUCUGCCAUUCCACAGUCAUUACCCCCAAGAUGCUCGUGAACUUUGUGGCAGUGAAGAACACCAUCUCCUACUCUGAAUGUAUGACUCAGCUCUAUUUCUUUCUGGUUUUUGUUAUAUCAGAGUGUCACAUGCUGGCAGCAAUGGCAUAUGACCGCUAUGUUGCCAUCUGUAACCCUUUGCUCUAUAAUGCUAUGAUGUCCUAUCAAGUCUGUUCCUGGAUGAUAUUUGGGGUGUAUAGUAUGGGUUUCAUUGGUGCCACAGCUCACACAAUGUGCAUGCUAAGAGUCCAUUUCUGUAAGGUUGAUGUAAUAAAUCAUUACUUUUGUGAUCUUUUCCCAUUAUUGGAGCUUUCUUGCUCCCCUACUUUUAUCAAUGAAGUAGUUGUUCUAUGUUUUAGUGCCUUCAAUAUUCUUUUCCCAACACUGAGUAUCCUGAGCUCUUAUAUCUUCAUCAUUGCCAGCAUCCUCCGAAUUAAAUCCACUGAGGGCAGGUCCAAAGCUUUCAGCACCUGCAGUUCACACAUUUCAGCUGUUGCUGUCUUCUUUGGGUCUGCUGCAUUCAUGUACCUGCAGCCAUCAUCAGUCAGCUCCAUGGACCAAGGGAAAGUGUCUUCUGUAUUUUAUACCAUUGUUGUGCCCAUGCUAAACCCCUUGAUCUACAGCCUGAGAAACAAGGAUGUCAAGGUUGCUCUAAUGAAAUUGUAUGAAAAAGGAUUCUCAUAA